CCCGCCUCUCGCGACUCCUCCCCAGCCCCCGGCCACAAGCGGCGGCACGAUUCGGAAUCCGAGCAUGGUCGCAACAAGAAGCCGCGUCUCAGCUCGGCGACAACAUCUCGCCUUCGGUCCACCUCCCAGUCUCAUUCAUCGUCCGCCGCCGCCGCCACCACCACGGUGGCUUCUUCAUCCAGGCACGAGCCUGCAGAGGAUGGCGAAGUCAAAGAAGAACACCAAGCUGGCCCUAGCGGCAUGCCUUCAGGCCUGUCCUUCAUGCCCGUCCGCCGCCCGCGACGCGGUGACACCAACCGCACCAGCGAAUGGGACUCCGUUUUCGACAAGUGCUUCAUGAAGGCACGUGCGCUUAGGUUCUCCUCGCUCUCUCGGGUAGCUGCGGCACACCCAGCCACAUCCAAGGAAUUCAAACCCUUGCGGAAUCCACCAAGCCCCGUUUCUUCCUAUGCGAAGGAUCCCCUGUUAAUGGCUCGUCUGGAGCUGAUCGACUCCCUCCUGCACUUCGUCUACGGUCUGUGGUGCAAGGACUACAGCGCGCGGACGUGCUACCGAGCCGCAUGGAGGACAGUAAACGAUUUCUUGCAGCCCACCAAGAAGAAGCUGAUUGCGGAGAGCCAUGACGAUCGUGAGAAAGCAUUCAUCGGUCUGCUUUUCACGCUUGAUGCCUACAUCCACGGACGUAAGCUCAAGUACCAGGCGACCACGAUCGACAGAGAGAACGAUUCAAAGAUGAACCGCCUCAACAUCGAGUGGAAGGCGGAGAAGGCAAAGGCUCAAGCUCGGGCAACUGCAGCUGCGCAGGCUUCGAUGUCCAGCGCAACCCCCAACAUGCUCCCCUCCCCUGCUAGCAGCAGCUCCGCGAAUAGCUCCAACUCGACGCCCCUUGGCGGUCAUGGGACACCUGGCCACAAUCCAGCGAUGGACCUGGGCGCACAGCCAGACGCAGGCCACAGCGCCGGCGGCGCGGAUCGCCCUAUGGCUGCGCCACCCCCUCACCUCCAGAUCCCGGUGACUACGCAGUUCGUCGUUGAUAGGAAGUCGCAAAGCAGCGGCUUGCUUCUUUCCUCCCACUACUUGCAGACGGCGCAGCAAAGCUUGAAUCUCCCGGUGAUGGCCAAGCACUUCCCUCGCACCCUCGCACGAAUGAUGUUCUCGACAUUGGGCCCGCAGGACGAGCACGAGCCCGACUUCCAGGAUGACGACUGUGAACUGUUCUGGCCGACGCAGGCCAUCACCGGUGAGGGCCUAGGUUGGGUGUGUCUCAUGGGCAUGGCCAUGGUGAAGGAGUUCGGCAAGGAGUAUGGAUACCAGGGCGUCGACGGCGUUGUUCAGAAGCAAGGCAGCGAGGACGUGAACGGCUUCCCGGAGCCACGGUUCGUUCCUCACACGCGGUAGCGAGGGCACGCCGACCACCACCCGGCCGUCAUCGGCUGGUCUACACCGUCUCCUCUCACCCCGCAUAGAGCCCAGCGGAGUGCCUCGUUAAGGUGCGCCACUCUGUCAGCGCCACCUCAGUCGCGCCAGCAGCAUCCCGGAUAAUACUCCUGUUCGAUGCAACCUCCCCUGGCCGACAUGGCGCUCCCCUCGUCUGCCUAAGGCAUGCUCACGUCCUGUGUAUCCCUAUUUAUCAUCGUCGAUCUCGCCGACCUCGCCACAUCUUAUGGGCUCCCCCGCUGAAGCGAGUGGUGCUCCUGUCGAUGCGCAUGUCAGCUUGUCUUCCUUGGAUGUAUCGCCUAAUCGUUAACGCUGGCUCCACCUCGGUCUCCUGUACGAUAUCGCCCCGCCCUUUCCCCCACCACAUCGCAUGCCUCUCCUGCUCUACCCGGCCUUACCAACAUCACACUGUAGUCUCAACUUGUACCACCACCAACGUCGCCUUGCUGUCACCAUCUCGGUCAUCAAAAGCACGCAUCAUUUCCUAGACCUCGCGCGGCGCCCGCCGUGCGCGCCGCAGAGGCUUGGGUCAUCCUCAUCACCAGCGCAUCCCAUCUCCCACACUCGCAUACAACCUCGCAUCUCUCUGCCUCUGCCCCUUUGUCUCACAUCUCUCGCAGGACUUUGUGUGUUCAGCUUUCGGUGUCGGAUCGGUUGGAUUAGCCUUAUUUUGUUUCCCCCACAUUCUGCUUUUCGCUUUCACUACACGCGCCCUGUCGCUGCGGGCCCGGUUUGCUUCUGUCGUUGUCGCCCUCAUCGCCCGCCCGUCGCUCUGCGCUUUAUCACUACCCCCGCGUUCUAUCAUACCCGCAUUUAUUCUAAUUUCUAUAUACGCAUACUCGCACGCGCGCCCCGUGCUCCGUGUCCCUCGCACAGCACAGCGCCCGUCCCCGCGCUGUCGCCGCCUGCCACUGGAGCCCUCCGCGGAACUCGGCGCAGGGGGCAUGCAGGGGUCGCGCGUAGCUACCGUAUCCCGCCUACCGCAGAUCGUUGCC